AUGCCGCCACUCUCCGCUCCCUCUCCGCCCCGCCACUACAAAAACACAUCGCAAUCACAUAGUAGAAUGCCUUCAGGAACUAACCAAGAAGAAGGGCAACUGCAGAAAGGCGGGCGAAUAUCAAAUCCGCAACGUCUCUUAAUAGUGACGCCCAACAUACACUCGCAUUCUACCAUCCCGUCCUUUCUACACAACUUGACUGGUGUACAGGUUUCCCCACAGAGACCGCAGAAUGAGCCCUCAACGGAAGACGACAAUCAAUCUCAUGGCGCAACGUUCGCCGGUUAUACCACCCACUCGCCCUUACAACUAAACACAAAGUACUACUCUGCAGAUAUACCAAUAUGGGUGGAUGAAAUCCCUAUUCCUACAGAAACCCCGUCGUCUACCACCCCAUCAUCCCAAUCGCAACAAGAACAUGAUACUCCGUCCACCUGGUCCCUCACGUUCCUCGCCCCAGCCGCUGCAGAGGUCCGCUCCGCCAUUGGUGCAGUCAUAAUUCUCCUCCAAAAACCCGCCACUGUGAGCCCUGCUAUCCCAAGCAGUGAGGCGAGUGAAGAAAGGGAUCGGGUGCGUGGCGAAGUAGCCGCGCUGAAAGACAUUGUGAAAGCCGUAGCUGAUGUGAGGAGGAAGAUUGGAGAGGAGAGGGGAGAGGGCAGCUUCGGUGAAGUACCGGGGAUGGUAGUGCUCGUUGGCAGUGAUGAAGAAAAACUAAGCAAGAAAUCAUCGGAAACUAUUGAAAAUGAUGAGAUUAUAGGGCCUGAAAUGGUUGAGUAUGGUGUGAGGUGGUGGGAUGAAGAGCUAGCGGAUAUGGGGAUAUACGAAUUUGAGGUUCUAAACUGGGAUCCAGCUAUUGCUAGUAGCAGGAAGGAGGAUGAGGAGGAGGUGAAGAAGAGGAAUGAGUUUGGUGAGCUAGAGGGGAUGCCCAGGAUACGGGAGGUGCUGGAAGCCAAUGAAUGGGCAAUGGCUUCUAGCCAUGAAGAUGCUACUGAUCUAUCUUCAAGCAUGUUGGAAGAUAUAGAGGAAGGAGGGCUGGGGUUUGAGGUUGGUGAGUUGGAGCGAGAGAUGUUGGGAUUACGCAUGGCCAUCGAAAGAGGCGGAGACGAUGGUGCGGAAGAUGAUUUUGAAGAGGAUGAUCUCCAAGUAGAGCAGCUGGAAGCGUUGAUGCAGAGGGUACAAGCCAUACGCGAUAUGGGAGCAGAGCUACCUGAAUCCGAGAGAAAAAAGUUUGCUGCAAAAGCAAUCAGGGAUAUCAUGGAGGACCUGUGA